AUGGGGAAUCUGAUUGAUGAACAAACAUGGAAGAAUGCAACCACAGACUAUAAAAACUUACACAAACUUGUUGAAAAUUCUCACUCAAUUAGAAGUUUCGCUUUUAAAUGUCAAGAUGUUAUUAUUAACAGAUCGACGGUGGAUAAUGCGUAUUAUCAAUCAGCGAAAAGAUUCUUAUUGAUAAUUAACUUAUUGGGUUUUGGAACAGAAAUACGACGUUUGUUAAUUGAUGAUUUGAAAAAGAUUCCUAAUUUUCACUUAAAUUAUCAUUCAUUAUCACCAGAGGAACAGGAAAAUAUGGUUAGUCAUGUCAAGUCUAUUCAGAAAUGGGCAACACACUAUGGCAUAAACUUGGAAUUAGCAUUUUUAUUGGAGUUCUCGGAAUAUAUAUUUACCAAACAAUUCAUAUACAAUUCACAUAUUUUAUACCAGUUGUUAAAAAGGGAAGAGAAGAUUUGGGAAAGAAGAGUUGAAUUUUUAAGAUUGGAACAACAGCAGUAUGAGAAAAACAGAGAAAACCAUAAAUGA